GCCGCUCUCCGUGCAGUUCCAGUUUUAACUAAGAGCGAGCAAUUUCGAGCGCGGGAAGCGGAAUUGUGAUAAUCGUGUUAAACUGUAACUACUAUUCAGUGCUAACAAAUAGCAACCACUAAGAGAGUUAACCCAACCAAUUAGUGAGUGGAAUUAAGUGGAGUUCAAAGCGUAAAGCCCCGAUAGCGCCGUGAAAUAAAACCAACAACACACAGAGCCGCCGUGCAUGUGUGUGUGUGGUACAGUUGGGUAGAAAAACAUCGCCAUCGUGAGUUGCCACCUGGUUUCGCUCUCAUCGGUUUGGCCACUAUUGCCACCACUUUUGCUGCUCCCCUUCUGCAGUUCGGUUGUUGUUGUGCAUCUUCGCCAGUUGAGUUUUAUUUCUUUUCGACGAAAGGAACAUAAAUCCAAGAGAAAGGCGAGCCAAUUUCCACACUUCGAACACAAAUCAUUUGCCAAUUAAGUGUGGCCAUCAUUGCCGAAGAGCCAGCGUUGCAGCAGAGCGGAAAAGAGAGCGCCGCGUUGUGAAAGUGCCAGCGAAAAGUGCGAUUAAAGGCAAUAACAAACGCCCGAAAAAAUGUAAAGCGUUUAGCGAAGCUACCCAUGAAAGAUGCGAGCUGGAAAAAAACAGGCAGCUGAAAGCGUCAAGACACGUCCUUGCUUUGUCUACGUGAGGAAUCUGCGAGAGGAGGAGGAGUCGCCGUCGCGGGGAGCAACGCUAGCCGGCAAACUGAGGAAGAGGGAUAAUCAGCGGGAGUCGCAGCAGGAGCUGCGAGAGACCCGCACAAGCCGCCGCUCCGGAGGAUUGGUUGCCGAUAUCCAGGACAAACCGACUCCGCGCACCCGGCAAGCACAGAAGCCAGCGGCCUCGCCUUCGCCACCGCCACGUUCAAAGAUCACCUCCAAGGAGUCCGCCAACAUGGCCAAGCGACGCACCACCACCCUGCUGCUAGGCAGCGCCGGGCAUCCCCAGGGCGGGAAUCCCCACAAGCUGGGCCUGCUCAAGGCACGGCGCUCCACCCAAGCGGAGACGCCCAAGCAGCAGAUGUACAAGCAGGCAGUCAAACAUGUGCCGACGAGUCCGCCGCCGACCAUUGCGGCCAGUCGCUCCAGGCGCUCCAUCAAGCCGAACCCCAAGUACGCCAGCGAGGACAUGGUAACGCCCAAGUACUUGGCCUCCUUGGCCGACGGCGGUGGUGGUCAUUCCAUCGCGGGGCGCCAUGGCAGGCAGGCCAAGCAGCUGUUCACGAACAACGACGACAUCAGCGAUCUGCUGGACCUGGACGAGGACGAUGACGAUGAAAUUGCGGAUGCCGCCUUCAAUCCGCAACUGCACAAGUCCGACGAGGACGACGACGACGAGGAGGAUGAGGAUAUGAGCGAAGCCGAGUACGAGGAGGAGCUGCGUCGCAAGCUGCCGCCAGUGAAGCGUGGACGUGGACGUCCACCGAAGGUCAAUAAUGCCAAUGCCACAACGCCCAGCGCGGGCAGCCUGACUUCCAGCGGGGUAAACUCCAAGAUAGCCAUAAAUUCGGCCGGCGGACGCACUGCGCCCAGCAGCCUGCAGCAGUUGCGCCGCACCAUGGCCGGAAAUAUGGCUAGGAGCAAUGCCAGCAUGGUGGAGGGAUCGGGAUCCGGCUCCGUUGCCGCCAAACGCAAAUUGGAUACCAGCGAGAGUGAGAGUCCCGUGGCCCGCAAGCGCAUGGUCAUCUCCUCGACCGUUGGCUCCCAGCAGCGCAGCGUGCCCGUGGUGAAUGGCGCCACCACCAAGACGAGCGUAUCCAGUGCGGGCACGAGACCCAAGGUGGGUCAGGCGGGCAGCGUGCCGGCGAGGAUGGUGCCACAGCGACGGGGCAGCACUUACAAGAUGAACUCCUCGACGAACUCCAACUUCAAUGCGGUCAGCUCUACGCCCGCCACACGCUCGACGAUCGGAGGAGCCUCUAAUAGCGAGGAGAAAAACGAGUCUGAGGCCGACGAUGUGCCCACAUUCACCAUAGUGAACAUCGAUGACAUUAUCAACCAGGACGAUGUGCUAAUUACCAGAUCCCACAAUGCAGCAGCCGCUGCAGCAGCUGGUAAUCCCAGCAAAAAGCAAGGUGUGGGCAGGCCGCGUACCAGGAACAUCCUCUCAAGCAAUUUGGGUGCCGGCGAGAAGAAAUCCAUCACUGUCAACUCGGAGAAAUCCGCGCCCGCUGCUGCAAACAACAACACAGUCGGCAAUCAGGCCAAGCGUAUCAAGAUCCUGGCCAGCAACAGCAGUGUGAACACCAAAUUGGGACCCUUGCAUAUCCAGAGUCAGAGUCAUAACCAAAUCCAGCUGCCCAAGCCCAGGCCAAGGAUACUCAAUACGGAGAUGGGCAAGAAGACGCAGUCGAUGAAGCCGCUGAUGAGCAUGGGCAAGGAGUUGUGUCCCACGGACGUGGACACCGAGGAGGAUGACCCAGAUCCAGAUCUGGACUUCGAUGACGAUGACAUACCGGCAUCGAUUGUGACCCGAAAGAAUCCCAAACAGGCGUCGGCCCCAGCAGCAACCGCAGCAGGCGGAGGACCAACAUCCGCAGCCAGCAAGUGGAACAGCAAUCGCCGCAAUGUGCUCUCCACGACAGCAUCGACGGUGAAUGCCCGGGCGGACAGGAAGUUGACCAAGUUGCUGGGCGAAGUCGACGAGCAGCCGGUGUUCAAGAAGCCCAGCUUGAGUCCCCAGCGCAGGAGCAAGGAGAACCAACAGCUCCAGCAGGAGCAGCGCGACAAGGAGGCGGCCGCGCAGAAGGAGCCAUCAUCGGCCAGUGGCGGUGCGGAGGAUACCAGCAAUCCCAAGUACUUUCCGCCCGAGACCACCACUUUCUGCGAGGAGGACGGGCGCGUGGUGAAGAAGAUCACCUGCUACGAGACGUGGCACGUGGUCAGCACGCCCAAGGAUUCGCCGGCGAAGGCGACACGCCAGCAGCGCACCUGCCUGGAGCUGGCGCUGGUCAAGCUGGCCAAUGUGGCGGCCAGGAUUAAGGUGCCUUCCGGCAAAUGGACCAGCAAGGUGACCCUGUACAAGGUGUCGCCCUCGCUAAUGACCCGCCAGACGAUGACCAUCUUUACGGGCGAUCUCAAGGCUUACAACAUACCCGAGGAGGACCGCCACAAGUACCAACCGUCGUGCGUGCUCUUCCGCCGCUCCGUGAUGGACAGGAGCAAGUGCCGGGUGCCCUACGACCGGGCCAUCAUCUUCAAGAACAAGUGCUUCUAUGCGAACAUCGAUGGCAAGCAUGUGAAUCUGAUUGGCGCCCCCGAAACGGUGGCCACCGUCAAGGAUGUGGAGAUCCUGCUGGACAUCGUCGACCGUCUGUCGCUCAGCAGCACCCUGGUGGAGAUGGUGAACACCAAGUGAGGGACAGACCACUUGGGGCCACUAGGACACGUAUCACAUUGUAAAAAAUUAUUCACACACCCCCGCCACCCUCUCCCCACACACACAAAAACGGACACUCGAUAAUUUGUUUAAUGCAUUAGCAAACCGAUAAUACUAUACAAGUUUUUUUUUGUAAAACCAUUAACUUAGUUGUAAUAGCUAGUCUAGUUUAAUUAUAUAUGUAUCUUAUAUCGUAAACAGCAGACGGACAUACAUAAAUACAGACGACGGGUGUAUUCUAUGUACUAUAUACUAAAUAUUUUAACAUAAUAUGUCGCGCAAUUCGAAAAGAAUCGGAAGUUCAGCGGAGGAAUCAAUCCUGGUUUUAUUUGUAAUGUCUGGCAAGGAGUGGCUACCCCCCAAACGAUUUCCUCCCCCCUUAAAACGAUAACAAAUUGAACACUUUUUUAAACGACAGUUAUGUAAAUCGUAGUUCAUUUAUACAUAUGUAAAACAAGGCGUACGCAUGUGUGUUUACGCCGGAAUGGAGGUAUAGCUUUUAAGUCGAGUGUAUAUUUAAUGAAAAGCCCUUUAAAAUAUACAAAUAAAAGAGAAAAAUUGAUUUAAAUAA